ACAUCCAAUUCGACUCUCAAGUCCAUCCGGUAAUAUCCGAUAUACAACAAGCACAGCCGUCGCAGUAACAGCACAAAAAAUCACCAAAGAAAUGGCAUUCAUCAAGUCUUCACUGGUCUUGGCCGUAGUGGCAGCCGUCGGCCGCUGCGAACCUGGCGUACUUCCCGCCGUCGCCCCAUCUCCAUACGCCUACCCAGGACUGUUGCCGUACUCAGCCGCACCUGCCGCUUACCCAUACUCGGCAGCACCAGGUGCUUACCCGUACGCCGCUUACCCAUUCAGAGCGCCGCUCUUGCCUGCCGCAUCCCGUGCCGUGGCGUCUCCACUGCAAGCGUUCCCGGCCCCGGCCGCUCGCUUCGCCGCCGCCCCGUUCCCGGCCCCAGCCGCCGUAGCACCGUUCCCAGCCGGUGCACCUCUGGUCCGCGCCGCCGCACCGUUGCCCGUGGCCGCCGCACCAUUGCCCGUGGCCGCCGCUCCAGCCGUGGCCAAGCUUGACUUCACGGACGCCUACCCGCAAUACCAGUUCGCAUACACAGUCCGAGACUCACUGACCGGUGACGCCAAGGACCAAGAAGAAGUUCGUGACGGUGAUGUAGUCAAAGGCCGCUACAGCUUGAUCGAACCCGAUGGCAGCCGCAGGACCGUCAACUAUUACGCCGAUGACGUCAACGGAUUCAACGCUGUCGUCCAAAAGGACGUUCCAGUGGUGGCUCCAGCCGUCGCCCCUGCCGUAGUGGUAUAAUGACUGACGCCGUAUACGAUCAUCGCCGCCACUGACUCCGCCGGACAUAAUCUCCAUAUAUAUAUAUUACGUGUAUUUUUAUUUUAUGUUUGUGUUUUCUUUUUGUACAUAACUUUUUCCUCCCUGUUACCUAUAUUGUAUUUUCUUCUAUAUUUCAAGGCAAUAAAUAAAGUUUCUAACUCUUAAACAUAUUA